AUGUUACGGCUUCUCCUAUUAGGGGCUCUUUGCAUCGCCACCUCCCUCGCCGAGGAAGAAGUAAACGUGAAAAACACUACUGCCGCAGGUAGCUAUGGAACACACUACGACUACAGCGAACCUCUCAGCUACGCGCCACCACCUCCAGCACCGAACUAUGGAGCUUACGCCGGCUACCAAUACUUCCGACUACCGCCGCCCCCUCUGGUGGAC